GUGCUGCUCUAAGAGGGGCGGUGGGUAGGCAAGUACGAGUCAUCGAGUCCAAAGCGAGGCUGACGUUUGUGACGCGCAUGCGCGUUGCCCGUCUAGGGAAACAGGCUACUGGGCCGCGGAGGGGCAAGCAGCUGAGCGAGUAGGGGCGCGCGCGCAGGCGGCCCCCCCCAAUCCUCUCGAGUCGCUCCCUCCGUGUACGGACCCGCCGCCAUUAUGCUGUGGUUCUCUGGCGCUAUCCCGGCCGCCAUUGCCGCCGCCAAGCAGCGCAGCGCUGUUUUCGUGGUGUUCGUGACAGGGGAUGAUGAACAGUCCACUGAGAUGGCUGCCAGCUGGGAGGAUGAGAAAGUGACUGAGGCAGCAACAGAUGGCUUUGUGGCUAUUAAAAUUGAUACUCAAAGUGAAGCCUGCCUGCAGUUCUCACAAAUCUAUCCUGUAGUAUGUGUUCCAUCCAGUUUCUUCAUAGGAGACAGUGGAAUACCCUUGGAAGUCAUUGCUGGUAGUGUUUCUGCAGAUGAACUUAUUGCAAGAAUUCAGAAAGUGAAGCAGAUGCACAUGUUAAAAAAUGAAGCAUCAGAAAGUUCUGCUUCAUGUUCUUCCUCUUUACAUAGUAUCACAGAAGAUUCUCAGUCCCAAACAGCUGAGUCAUCUGAAGCACAACCUGAAAAGUUGCAUGUACCUUUGGCUGCUGACACAAAUUUGGUUCAGACAAAUGAAGAAAGUGACAGAAAGGUGGACUCACAGACGACAGAUGACGUUACAGCUAAAGUAGAAAGAGUGACAAAAAAACUUGAAGAAAGACGGGAAGAGAAAAAGAAAGAAGAAGAACAGAAAGAAAUUAAGAAAGAAGUUGAAAGAAGAAAAUCUGGGAAAGAGAUGCUGGAGUACAAAAGGAAACAGGAGGAAGAACUGACAAAACGAUUAUUGGAGGAAAGGAACAGAGAAAAAGCUGAAGACAAAGCUGCUAGGGAGCGCAUCAGACAACAGAUUGCAUUGGAUCGUGCUGAAAGAGCAGCUCGUUUUGCAAGGUCAAAGGAAGAAGCCGAAGCUGCAAAGGCUGCUGCACUCCAAGCUAAACAGGCAGAAAUGGAAGCCAGGAAGGAAGCAUCCCAGAGGGAGAGAAGUUCUGUAGCAAGAAUUCAGUUCCGCCUUCCGGAUGGAUCUUCCUUUACGAAUAGUUUCCCUUCAAAUGCCCCCUUAGAAGAAGCUCGACAGUUUGCUGUACAGACAGUUGGCAACACAUAUGGCAAUUUCUCAUUGGCUACAAUGUUUCCCAGGAGGGAAUUUACCAAAGAUGACUAUGGAAGGAAAUUAUUGGACCUAGAACUAGCCCCAAGUGCUUCAGUAGUAUUGUUGCCGGCAGGGAGGCCAGCUACAGCUGUCAUACAGUCCUCCAAUGGAGAUCUCUGGAAAUUCCUCGGCACAAUCCUUUAUCCGCUGAUAGCUGUCUGGAGAUUAAUUAGCAACUUCUUGUUUACCAGCCCUCCUCCUUCCCAGCCUACAGCAAAACCUCAACAGGAGCACUCAAAUCCUUCCUCUAACACUACAGAGCCAAACAGACAACAAGCAGUCAGAAAACGGGUACUGGAAAAGCGGGGUGAAGAAUUCAAAAAAGAAGGCAAAAUCUAUAGACUGAGAACUCAGGAUGAUGGAGAAGAUGAUAACAAUACUUGGAAUGGAAACUCAACACAACAAAUGUAGUUUUUACAAGUAAAUUGUGCAUAAUAAUCAUUGGGGUGUUUUUUUCUUAUUUGAUUCAAUUAAACCUUCUGCUGCACAAAUGGGCUUGUAUGGUAUGCUGCCUGAACUAAUUCCUGUCUUUGCACAUGGAAGAAGGCAUUUUUGUAGCUGGAUACUGCAAUGUCACUACUGCCAAAAGCUCAAAGAAUGUAAAGAAUCCCUAUCUUCCAUCAGCUUUUAGAAUCUCAUACUUACUAGCCCUAUUGUCAUCUGAAGGCACUUGUCUAUAUAAAUCUUGGAACAAAUUGGAGGUCCAGAUUAUAAAAAGUGAUUGAGUUUGACUAGCAGAAGCAUAAUACCUAGCAAAUUGGAUAACCUUUUUUUCUUUAGUGCUUCUGCAACAAGCCAAUUCUGGUAGUUUUUAAUCUCCGAGCAUUCAAUAAAGUUUUUCCAAAAAAGAAA